CCUGUGUAGCAUGAGUCGUUAGGCUCAGUUGAUAAAGACAAGUGUACACUUCUGUCUGGACUUCUGAGAUUCAGAAUUCUCAUUUUUUUCCCAUCACAGUGGACACAAAAGAGUCCUUCCGCCUGGAGCUUGUACAACUGCUGUCUGUCUCUGUUGUCAGACAUAACCGACAAGGGAUAUGAUCUUUGUCAUUCCCAGCGCAACCAGAGCUCCUGCUCCCUUCAACACCAUGGUUCGUUCCAAGAGUUCCAAGUCAUCCGGGACCUGCUGUAACCUGGUGAUGGCACUGCUGACCUUGUGGUCCAUGGUCUCCCUCAUCGUUAUCGUGGUGUGGGCCACCUCUCCUCACAUGAAGGGCGUGGCCCAGUGCGACGUAGCCCAACAGUCCCUGACGGAGAAGAUGGAGGGGGCAAAGGUUGUGUGGGAGAAGGAAAAGCAGGCCUUGCUGGAGUCUAUAAGGCUGAGCCAGGAGAACCAAACCACACUGCAGCAGGAGAUGGAGGUUUUCGCUGAGACACUGAGAGAGAAUAACGUGUCCCUGAGCCUCAGCCUGCAGGAGAAUGCGAUGCUGCAUGCGAAUGAAACAGCACGAAGGAAUGCUAUUUUCCUGCACAGAGACACACAGAGAAAUAUGUCCCUAGAUCUGAGUCUACAGAGAGACCAUUUUGAGUGGUUACAAUUCAACUUCACCCAAGCUGUCCACCAGUCCCACUCCUGCUCUGCUUCAUGUGAUGCUUCAAAUAGCCAGGCGGUAGCAGCAACGAGUCAAAUGAAAGCCUGCGAGUCCAGCAAACACUAUAUGAUGACACAAAUGGAAAGAAGAGGUUGCAAGAUCAAUGGACCUGAGCCCUAGGACCAUACGUCAGGACUACCAGGCAUGAUGACUCCUUGCUGUCCCCAGUCCACCUGGCCUUGCUGCUGUUCCAGUUUCAACUGUUCUGCCUGCGGUUAUGGAACCCCUACCUGUCCCAGACCUGCUGUUUUCAACUCUUAAUGAUCGGCUAUGAAAAGCCAACUGACAUUUAUUCCUGAUUGUUAUUUGACCAUGCUUGUCAUUUAUGAACAUUUUGAACAUCUUGGCCAUGUUCUGUUAUAAUCUCCACCCGGCACAGCCAGAAGAGGACUGGCCACCCCUCAUAGCCUGGUUCCUCUCUAAGUUUCUUCCUAGGUUUUGGCCUUUCUAGGGAGUUUUUCCUAGCCACCGUGCUUCUACACCUGCAUUGCUUGCUGUUUGGGGUUUUAGGCUGGGUUUCUGUAGAAGCACUUCGAGAUAUUAGCUGAUGUACGAAGGACUAAAUAAAAUACACUUGAUUUAUAGAGCAAUAACGAUUCUGGGUGCUGCAGUAAAAUUGUAGUAAUAUUUAAGUGCCAGCUGAUGGGUCAUCAAUUGUGGAUGGGCUUCCCAUUGUAUUAAAAGGGGUUAAGUAAGUUUAUACCACCGGAACACACUUGGCCCAAUGGGCAAUCCACAAGCAGUUGUCUGGACGUCACAUAAAAGUGAACAUUCACACAGUUGCAAUGUAUUUUCUAUGAACUGAUAUAAUAUCAAUAUCGAAUCGAAAAUGCAACUGAUACUGAUUUUCCAUAUUUGUGCCCAUCACUAAUUGAAUGUAUGUAUUUGAUAAGGGAUUGCUACGAAAUGAAACAUUUUAUGAAAUGAAUUAAGUAUGAUCAUGAAUUUUAACUGACACAUUUGAUACAAUUGGUGACUGAAGUGACUGUGUCCCUAUAGCCUGGUUGUUGUUGAUUUGUUUAAAUUGUAAAUAAAUUAGAUUUUUGUUUUGACAAAUA